AUGGACAGAGACCCAGCCCAUGCAUCCUCACCACCACCCUUAAAAACCAUAGACAUUCAUGACAUUCAUCUAGAAUACAAUAUUGUUCCUGUUGAUCAUAUCAAAUUGAUAUCUGAAUCAUUUUCAGUUGAUGCUCCACUGACUUCUAACUUAUCGACUUUAGUUCCUUUAAGACGUUCAUCCAAAACCAUCAGACCUUCCAUUUGGACCACUAACUAUAUAUGUCUUGUAGCAUCCGUAAAACCAUAUCCCAUUUCUAAUUACAUCAGUUAUGACAGAUUAGCGCCGACACACAGAGCUUGUAUCAACCAUAUCUUUGAAUAUCGAGAACCCACUUCAUAUUCUAAAGCUGUUCAAUCUCAUCACUGGAGACAAGCCAUGGUUGAUGAAUUUCAAGCCUUGUCCCUUAACAAAACAUGGAAUUUGGUGUCAAGACCACUUUACAGAAAACCCAUCAAAUGCAAAUGUAUAUUUAAAAUAAAAUAUCAUGCAGAUGGCUCUAUUGAACACUAUAAAGCCCGCUUGAUUGCCAAAGGUUUCACCCAACAAGAGGGUCUCGAUAAUCAGGAAACAUUCUCUCCUGGUGCCAAACAUGUGACUGUUUGCACAUUUAUUACAGUUGUUGCUUCUCAUGAUUGGCCACUUUGUUAA